UGUUCUCUUCAAACCACUCUGACUCCACGACGCAGCUGGCUAAGACAACAGCCAUGACGCAGUCGUUCUACCUGUACGACAUCUCAGACGGAGCCGCAGCGAGGAUAAGUCUGGCAUUCAACUGUAUCCUGACCACUGGGUUCGGCAUCAUCGGAGUCCUCGGCAACAUUUUAAACAUCAUCAUCUUACCACAGCACGGAUUCAAAGAGUCAAGCAAUAUCAUCCUGAUCUCGUUGUCCUUCUCAGACCUCCUCGUUUCUCUCGUCCUAUGUCUGAACAAAUCUUAUUUCAUUGUUGAUUUAUACGACCAUAUGACAUCCUUGACGAUGUUUGCUAUAUAUUUUGUAUAUUUCGCUUAUAUUCUCCAAGUCACUAUAGUAAUGGGCAUUUUACACAUAACUCUCAUAUCAAUAGAAAGGUUCGUCGCAGUUUGGUUUCCAUUCCACGCUUCGCGUAUUUUUACCGCACGAAACGUUUUUGUAGUGAUUUUUCUUUUAUACUUGAUCAACAUUGUGGGUUAUUUCCCAGGAAACUUUUUCUAUUACAUUAAGUGGUUAAAAUAUAAAAAUGGAAACUCGACGUACGCCGUGGUUUAUUACUUGCCUUUUUACUUAAAAAAUGCCGAUAUUCUUAAUUAUUAUACUUUUAUCUUUGGUAAUUUAAUCUAUAUUCCAUUAAUAUUACUAGUCGUAUUCACAGCUCUAAUUAUACUCAAGUUAAUCAAAGCUAGGGAAAAAGUCAAGAGAAUGACUCAAGCCGCUCCGGAUUCUAUGAAAUCUCGCGACAAAAAAGUUUUUCGUCUGCUCCUCACCGUCUGCAUCGUGGCGAUCAGCGUGUACAUCUCGACCUCAGGUCUGGAGAUUUACCUGUGGAUGACGGCGGAAGGUUUGGCCCAGACUAGGAAAUUUAGGGAUGUUUUGGUGGCCGUUGACUACCUACUUUAUCAGAUCGGAGCAUCUGUUAAUUUUUUCAUUUACGUUACGAUGAGUUCUAAGUUUGCAAAAUCUUACCGAAAACUUAUCUUAAGAAAUAAAUCUGAUAAAAAAAUAUAA